AUGGCUACUCAUGAAAUCAUCGAAGUUGUAGAAUCACCAAAUUCGAGCCGCGAUCUUUCCUUUUGGCGCAAUCCUUCACAUUAUAUUCGUUCAUCUGCCAAAGAAAGAGCCUUGGAUAUAAAGAAGAAUGCCUCCCUAUCGGAAUUAAGUGGUAGUCUAGGCGAUCUCGGUACAUUACUCCCAAUCUUAGUAGCUCUUUCAAUUACCGGUCAAGUUUCUUUGACAGCAUCGCUUAUAUUCGGGGGUCUAUGGAACAUCACUAGCGGUUUGAUGUUUCGAAUACCCAUGUGUGUUCAACCUAUGAAAGCUGUUGCAGCGGUGGCACUUUCGGCACAUUUAUCAAUUGGUGAAGUCAUGUCGGCAGGCCUUGGCGUUGGAUUUAUGAUAUUCGCUCUCGGCAUCACUAGAACUAUCAAGGUCAUUGAGAAGUUGACCCCCAUUCCAAUAAUCAGAGGUAUCCAGCUGGGAGCGGGCAUAACGCUGAUCAUAAAAGCUGCUGAUAUGGUUCGAAAAAACGGUAGUUGGGGUGGUACUUUUUGGAAAUGGAAUGAUAAUUAUGAAUGGGCUCUUCUAGCCUUCAUAUUCGUGUUUGUAUUCUAUUCAUCUAAAAGAAUACCAACUGCAUUAAUACUGUUCAUUUUGGGGCUAACAAUCGCCUUGGUAAAGGUCUUCAAAUCUGGCAUGACACCACCAUCAGUCUCAUUUAACUAUCCCUCGACUGUGGUUCCAACUCUAGAAGAAUUUAAAACUGGAUUUCUUAGUGCAUCUCUUGGACAACUUCCACUGACAGCUCUCAAUUCUGUUAUCGCAUUGGCGGCGUUGGCUCAUGAUUUGUUCCCGGAACGGUCCUCAUUGAAUUAUGUCGAAAAAAUCUCAGUCUCUGUCGGUCUUAUGAACAUUAUUGGAUGUUUUUUCGGAUCUAUUCCAUAUUGUCAUGGAUCGGGUGGACUAGCUGGUCAAUACCGCUUCGGCGCAAGAUCCGAAGUCAGUGUUUUGGUUCUUGGAUUGUUCAAAAUGAUCCUGGGAAUUUUGUUUGGAAAGACUUUAACCAAUCUUCUAGGGUUCUUCCCUAAUUCACUUCUCGGGGAAAUGUUUGCUUUUGGCAGUAGCAGACGCGCGCGACUGUUGGAAGCUGCAUUCAAGGCAGGAUUUAAUUAUUCUUGGGCCUCUCCGGCAAAGCGGCUCCUGAGUGGUUCCAUUGACGGAGGUUUAAUUAUACUUAGCAGGUUUCCUAUUAGAAAUAGGGACUUUAUUGUGUAUCCCGUCGGCGUUUACAGCGAUAGAUUCUCCGAUAAAGGGGCACUGUACGCUCGUAUCGAAGUGACCCCGAUGCACGCUAUACAUCUCUUUAUUACUCAUACUCAAGCAUCAUACAUGAGCUCACCUCCCGUGACGGAACCAUCAGCUAUAAUUCGAUACCAACAAUUAGCAACGUUACGUAAAUUCAUUAACAAACACAAAUCCAUGCGUAAGCCAAACGAGGCUAUUAUUGUUGUAGGUGAUCUGAAUGUAAACGGUCGGCCUCCUUACGAUCCAGCAAACCCCGCAAGUGCGACGGGUGAUAGCGCCGAGUACAAGCUGAUGAUGAAAAUAUUGCGUGGUGAGGGUAUAGAUGCAAAGUUGAUAGAUCCAGGUUUACCUGAUGAUGCUACUGAGCAUAUGAGAUUUGUCGAUUCGACCGUUGAUAUAAGAGAUUUGUUAAAGGAAAGUUAUUAUAAUCAUCCGGUUACUUUUGGUGACAUUAUGGUGGACGAAAAUGGACAUUUACAACCGAGAGAAACGGUGCUUGCUGCUAAACAUGACUAUUGUGCUAUGGCGAGCUUGGAUUAUAUCCUAUCAAUUGAUGAAAAGUCCAAGGGGGAUGUAACAGGUGAAGCGCAUUUUGUGUAUGAUAUCGACAGGACAAAAAUCGAGGAAUUUUUCGUAAAGGGAGAUUAUCCGUUCACACAGCUGUCUGGUGAGUACCGAGAGGAUGUCGUUGCGUCGCUUUAG